GUAGAGAGCAGUGAAGGGCGCGUGGAAGGAAAGGAAUGCGUAGCAUUAAUGGAGGGUUCAGCAUGAAACGUCUUUUAGCUGUUGCCUGCUCUCCCUCACCUGACACACAAUACAUACAACCACCAUACUCACUCUGUCUGUCAAUCGAGAACGCCAACAGUCUCGGCCACCACCACCACCACCACCACCUUCCUUCCACUUUCCAAUGCUUAGUCAUUACUAACACCCUCUCCUCCAUUUCCAUUCACUGAAUAGUGGGUCAGGGUUCGUUGAAUUUGCCUUUCUUUUUCAUUUGGGAAGUUAAAAUAUGCAUACACCAAAAGCAAGAACUAAUUCAUCCGAAAUGCCCCAAAGGAAAUCCCCUGUAAACACCCCUCGGACUGCUCGCAUGUUGAAAACACCAAACUCCGAUUCCGAUUCGCUUUCUUCCUCUCCAAACCCUGCAAGAAAGUCCCUAAAAGAUAGGAGUCCCAAGGUCAUUGAGCAUCGUUCACCACAAAGUCCAAUAACUGAGAAAAAACGAUCUAGUAAGGUCCAGGAAUUGGAAUCUCAGAUUUCUCAGCUUCAAGAAGAUCUGAAGAAAUCGAAGGAUCAACUUAACUCAUCCGAGUUAUGGAAGAGAAAAGCUCAACAGGAAGCCGAGGCGGCAAAGAAGCAGCUUUUAGCCCUGUCAAAAGAGCUGGAGGAAUCUAAUCAGCAGCUUAUGGACCUUUCUGCCUCCGAGGAAGCACGGCUGCAAGAACUCCAUAAAAUUUCUCAAGAUCGAGAUCGAGCAUGGCAGUCAGAACUAGAGGCUGUCCAGAAGCAGCAAUCAAUGGACUCAGCUGCUUUGUUAUCUGCCAUGAACGAAAUACACAAACUGAAAACGCAGCUUGAAAGGGUAGACUCCGAAGCUACUCAGUCAAACAACAAAGAUGCAGCUCAUGCUGAGAUUCAGGAUUUAAGGAUGGAGCUUGCCAAUGCUCUCUCUGUUGUAGAAAAUCUUAAAAACGAAGUAAGUGAUUGCAGAGUCGUGGAAUCCCGGGCCUUGGAGUUGGUUGGCAAAAUGCAAAUGCAAUUGGAAACUGCAAAUAAUACCAUGGAAGCACUCCGAGCAGAUGGCAUGAAAGCUACAGAAGAGUACGAAUCUGUUGCCUCAGAGUUGGAACAAUCAAGAACUCAAAUAAAAUCAUUGGAGGGACUUGUGAGCAUACUAGAGGCUAAUUUGGUUAGUGGUGCUAACAAAAUUAUAUUAGGUCCAACUGAUGAACAAGGACAUGUGUGGGAAAACGGUGAGGUUGAGGAGAUAAACAGGCUCAAAGCUGAGCUUAGCUCUGUACAGUCUGAAGUAGAGCAGUUGAAAUCUGCAUUGGAUGCCUCCGAGAUAAGGUUCCAAGAAGAGUAUAUCCAAAGCACAUUGCAGAUUAGAAGUGCUUAUGAACAACUUGAACGUUCUAAAUCUGAAUCUGGUCAGCGAGAAGCUGAAUUAAGUGAGGAACUGAGGAGAGCUACAGCAGCUGCUGAAGAACUAAAGGCAAACUUGAUGGAAAAGGAAUCUUGGUUGCGGAGUAUCUCGCAGGAGAAUGAAGGGCUCAACUCUAGGAUCAAGGAAAACCAAACUAGAGAAAGGGAAUUUGAACUUGCCAUGGAGCUUAAGAAAUUGGAUGCUGACAUUGCGGAUUUGAAGGCAAAAAUAUUAGACAGAGACACUGAGUUGCAAACUAUAACUGCAGAAAACUGUAUGCUCAAGAUGGAAAUAAAAAAGGAAUUGGAGAAGAAUAGAAUUACUGAAGAGGCUGUUGCUACAGCUGAAGCUGCAAAGGUUGCGGAAAAGGAGGCAUUGAUUAAACUUGACUACAUAACUGAAGAAGUUGAUAAAAGUAAGCUGAGAGUGGCACGUGUUACAGAGCAGUUGGAUGCUGCACAGGUCAUGAAUUUGGAGUUGGAGGCUGAACUGAGGAGACUGAAGGUUCAGUCGGACCAGUGGAGAAAGGCAGCAGAAGCUGCAGCGUCUAUGCUUGCUUCUGGAAACAACAAUGGGAAAUUUGUGGAGAGAAAUGGCUCACUUGAUUGUAGCUUCAAUUCUGUUACCGGCAGGUUGAGUACAACUUAUUUAGAAGACACUGAUGAAGAAUCACCAAAGAAGAAAAGUAGCUUAAGGAAGAGGAUUGGAGUGUUAUGGAGGAAGAAUCACCAAUAGCUUAAGUGGUUCCGGGUAUUUUCUCAUCAUUCAAUCUAUGAUGCACCUUUACCCUAAAUAGUUGCCGCAUAUGUGCUAUGGUUACAAUAGCUUACAUUAAUGCUGAGAUUAGUAUUCCUCUUUUAGUUAAAAGGCUGUGCUUUAAGUUAAUUAUUUUACCCAUUUUACGAGUUAUGCUAAAAUCAUAUCGUAUCUUGUAACUUUUAACAA